AUGGACCCCGUUGUGGCGGACGGCGAUUGGUUGAAGGCCGAGCUCACCAAACUGCUUGGAUGGGAUCAAUGCGUGGUGGAGGGAGUACUGGCUGCGAUCGACGCGGCGGAUACGCGUUGUGACGCGGACGAAAUUGUUACGAACUACAUGGAUGACAGCAGUGCUGCUCGUUCCCUCGUCCAUCGCUUCCUUGACCACAAGGCAAGGGUUUUGGAAGCAGCAGAGUCAUCGGCUGGGCCACAUAACUCUGAUCACAAGGGAACAGGAAAGGCUUCUCACAACAGGCAGGCUGGUGGGCGCAAAGGAGAAAAUGCAGCUGGGGCUGGGAAAUCAGAGAGCGGGACAUCCGUGCAGUCCUCGCGAAGGAAUGCUGCUGGGUCCAAUACACACAGCCAAUCAAGGGGCGAAGGACCCAGCAGUAUUGCCAAGCAGCAAAAGUCGAACAAGGGCCACGUGUCAGAGGCACCGAAUGGGGCACAUGUGGUGGCACCUGUGCAGUGGGCGACUUCCCAGGCAUCAACAGCUGCAAGUUCCGUUGCCCAGCAAGGCACCAGCAGGGGUAAGCAAGCAGGACCCAAAGGAAAAAGAAGGGGGAAUGGCGGCCUUGACAAGCUCCAACUGACAUUGACAGACUCCAUAGAGAGGAAGGUUGCAAAUUGCUUGAAGUGCGGGAAGAUCUACGACUGCAGAAAAAUGUCGGAGGCCAUCAUCAAGUUCCUUGAAUCGGGGGGUAUCUGCUCGUUUUGUGGCAACCAGGUGACCCUGACCAGCAACGGGGAAACUGUGAUGCCACAAACUGCCACUGGGAACCAACUGGUUGAUCUCCAAAAUAGCAAAGGAGUCUCAGCGGCUGAGGCUGGAGAAAGCAAUCAAGAGGCAUCGAGCAGCGUUUCUGUCUCGAAGAUGGAUGAGGCUGCCUCCAGAGCGGCUGAAUUCAAGGAUCGCCUCGUGGAAUAUGACAGGAAUGCUGCCAAGAGGACAACAGUCAUUGACGAUCAAAGCGACUACUUUGAGGUGGAUUCGAACGUGUGGCUUUCUGAGCAGGAACGCAGGGACCUGCGCCAGCGCCUGGAUCGGGAGCAAGAGCUGGAGAAUUCACGGAGGAGAAACGUGCGCUACACAAUCGACAUUGUGGGUCGGAAAGUACUAAUUGCUGAAGAGAGCAAGCCUUCCCAGGAUGCUCAAACUGCAUCUGAGGCGGCUUCUAGGGCUGCAGAGGCCACGCUGCAAGAAGCACCGCAGGGUGGGGGAGCAGCUGCAGCUGCAGCGCUCGACACUGCGGCCAGGGCUGGCACAGCGAGCGUUCCAUCUGUCACCACCUCUGGCACUGCCCCAGCUUUGAGGGAUCUCCGAGCAGGCCCCAACCCCAAUCUCCCCAUGCCCGCUCCCCUUUUCCUUCCCAGGCAUCAAGACGCUCAAAAUGGCGCCAAGGCAAGGGGGUCGCAAACGCAGUCCAGGGGAACCCGACCAGGUGGCGGUUGGCGUGUGCCAAGCAGUGGACGGCUGCAGCAUGAUGACAUUUUCGCUGAUUUUGAACAGGAGACUGCCGUUGAGGUGCUGUAUGACAACCUAGGCCAGGUCCCUGAGUUGCAGGCUCCAGAGGCGCCCUUCAACCUGUGCCCACCUCGAGCAGAUGAUGCCUAUCUGCCAGAAGUUGUGCGCCCUGUGUCUGCAGCACCCCAGCAGUCCAUCAACGCGAAGCUCAGGAGUGUGUUGAUGCCAUCAUCGCAAAAGGACUCAUCGCCUUUCUCUGGACCCCCACCGAAGCUUGUCCCCCUUGAUCAGCUGCCCGACGGCAUGGCGCUGCUCAGAGGCUGGCUGGACGUUGACACUCAGGUCAAAAUUGUCCAGUGUUUUCAUAAGCUGGGGAUGGGUGAGGGGGGCUUCUACACUCCCACAUAUGCUGGCGGUGCAGAGUUGCAUGUUCGGAUGAUGUGCUUGGGCAAGCACUGGGAUCUCAGGGACCGUGUUUAUUCCGAUGUACGGUCAAUUGAUGGCUCAAGGAUUCCACCGAUUCCUCCCUGGCUGGCAAAGCUUGUUGCAGAUUGCCUGUCUGAUGCAUCAGCAGCCAGGAAGCAGGCCUUCCCCAAGAUGGAGACCAAUGUUGCUAUUGCUAACUUUUACGCAAGCGAUGGGUACCUUGGGUUGCAUCAGGACAAAGAGGAAGGGAGGAGAAGCUGCCGUGCUGGGGUUCCAGUGGUGUCAUUUUCGAUUGGGGCGUCGGCUGACUUCGUGUUCAACAACGUGCAAAGCAUGCAGGGAGCCUCGUACGUCGAGCUUCAGUCUGGGGAUGCGUUGGUGUUUGGUGGACCCAGCAGGAUGAUCUAUCACGGCGUUUCAAAGGUGUACCCCGAGAGGACGUGUGAGGAGGUUGUGAGGAGAACCGGCCUGCUUAGUGGGAGGUUGAAUUUGACAUUUAGGCAGUACAUUCCUGACGACGAGGCCUAG